ACGUUCCGAUUACAUAGGUACGCACCCAUGCACGUUGCGUCGCGGUGUUAUAUUUUCAAGUAGUCGCCAUCGAUUCAAGGACCGCCUCAGGUGUAUCAACAUGAGGCCGGUCCUUGUAAAACGUAGAACGCCGUUUCUGGCUGUCUAUGCUCUGAGAUAUCGUUGCCGACCUUUGUCAACCUCCACCGCCUUGCGGAUCGCCCCUAGACGUACCACCGACUUCAACUCAGGCUUCACUAGUAGCUAUGACCCGAACGAAGAAGGGCGAGGCCCUAUGUUCUCUAAGAAUACCAUCGGAGUACCGCAGUUUUACCCUCGGGAUCUCAAGAAAGGAGUCGAUGAAUACGUAGUCGGACAAGAUCGAGCAAAGAAAACCAUAUCUUCCGUCAUAUUUAACCAUUACCAAAAUGUUAGGCGGAGACAAUAUCAAGAAGAACAGGAAAGGAAGCGGGAAGAAAGGCUCAUGAGGCAAACCAUUGCCCGUGAUCGUAAUAUUAGGGAGAGGGAUAUACACCCCGUUGAGGACGAGUUUCCCGGCCACAAUGAUUCUAUACACAGCAUGCACCAAGCGCUACAACGAGUCGAACAUAAGGUAGACUUCUAUUUACCCGAAGAUACUAGCCGAGCACCAAUCGUCAAAAUUGACAAGAGCAACCUCCUGUUAAUAGGCCCGACCGGGGUUGGGAAAACAUACAUACUCGAGACAUUAAGCAAGAAGAUCAACGUCCCCUUCACGAUAUGCGACUGCAACUCCUUCACCCAAGCCGGCUACAUAGGCCAGGAUGUCGAGACCUGUAUCGAACGAUUACUAAUAGAGUCCAAUUAUGAUGUGAGGGCUACCGAACAAGGGAUAGUUGUUCUCGAUGAGUUCGACAAGAUAGCUAAGCGGGAGACCAUGAAUGGAAGGGAUGUUAGUGGCGAAGGUGUACAACAAGCACUGCUUAAACUUGUCGAGGGAACUAAGGUCACCAUUAACGUCAAAGAUAACCGCUCGGCGUCCUCAUCUCGCUCAGCAAGCCCCAUUACUACGAACUAUACCGGCUCAUCCUCCACCUCAGGUCCCCAGCCGACGCCUCCCCCAACUGGGAAAGUAGACCAAUAUACCAUCGAUACGAGCAAUAUCCUUUUCGUCAUGUGCGGCGCCUUUGUCGGUCUCGACAAAACGAUUCUAAACCGCGUAUCCAAAUCCUCCAUGGGCUUCGGCUCCGAAAUUCGAAGCCGCACUACGACUGACAACAAACCGGAUCUCUCACCCGAACUUUUCAGCCACCUCCCUCAUCAACCGUCUAAUACAUCCGACACAUCAUCUUUAACAGCGCUUGAUCUCACAGCCCCAGAAGACCUGCAGCGCUUCGGCUUCAUCCCGGAGCUCAUCGGCCGCGUACACAAUAUCGUCGCUUUGUCCCCCCUCUCGCGCUCCGACUUACUCCGGAUCCUAACAGAACCCCGCAACUCCCUCGUCGCGCAGUACACAGCGCUGUUCCAAACCUACCCCUCCAACCUCUUCUUCACCCAGAAAGCCCUCGAGGCCAUCGCCGAACGCGCCGAAAAGGCACAAACAGGCGCCCGCGCCCUCAAGAUGGAAAUGGAGCGCGUGCUCGCCGAGGCCAUGUUCGACGCCCCCACCCACUACGUCCUGGUCACGGAGGCCGCCGUCCGCGGCCGCGAGAAGGUCGGGUACUGGGGGAAAGACGGGAGGCUCGAGGUCGAGAGGCUGAUCCGUGAGGAGGAUGGCCUUGGCGGAGUGCCCGGACAGGACGCGGAUGCGGGCGCGAGAGAGAUCGUCAGUGAUCUGGGCGGGUACAGAGAAGCGGGCCAGAGCGGUGCCUGAUUGAUUGAUGCAUUGGGCAUUGGGCACCCAGUCUGAUAUACGCAGAUAAGGAAUAACUGUUCCUCCGUGGAGUUCUUGGGUGUUUGGGUAUGGAGGUUGGUCGGUUCCAAGGUUGGCAGCAUCACAUCAUGGGUUAUAGUUCGUUCAUCUAGGUAAUCUAUCCAAGUAUUUGCUUGCUUGCUUGCUUCAUGGUUGUUUUUAAGGAUGUCUGUUUAAUACCUACCAGCCGCUU